UCAUGGCGGCGUCACCAACACUAACUCAAUAUACAUGUAUGUGUGGUGUAUCUGUGAGCACAUCCGUGAGAUAGACAUAACCGUAAAUAAAGCCUGUAAUGUUUACACGAUAUUUCCUCUGUCUUUGCAUAUUUUAAGUGGAAAAUGAAGUGUAGUGUGCUUGAAUGUAAAAAUGAAGUAAAAUUUAAAUUUCCAAAAAAUUUAAUUUUAAGAAAGAAAUGGCUUGAGGCUAUUAAGAGACCUGAUUUUAAUCCAACUCCAAAACAUGGCUUAUGUAUAAAUCAUUUUAAUCCGAAACAUGUUAUGAAAGAAAGUAUACGCGCAGGAUACGAGCUUCAGUCUACACGUUUACGACAUGGGACUGUUCCUUCUAUUUUUUCUUGGCAAAGUACAUUUCAGGAACAUGUUAAUGUGAAAGAAAAAGAAAAUGAGAGGGAUAAUACAGAAGACUUUACACCAGUCAUAUCUGAAGCGUCAAACAAUGUACAAGAUGAUAGUCUCCAGCAAGGUCAAAAUUCUGAUACAACUGGAUUUUUCACGGAUAAAAAUGUAUCAACGCCUUUAAAUGAAGAAACUCAUAUUUCUGUGGAAGUUUAUAAUUAUGCUGAAAUGGAGCUUUUGACAAGCAAUAUAAAUGUUUAUGAAGAAAGUAUUAGUUGCGAUUACGUGCAAAAUGAAAACUGUUCAACGAACGAUACUGAACAGUGUAAUGAUAAAGAAGCUUGCAGCUUUGCAACAACUGCGACUCAAACAGAUUCAGCUUCUCGUUAUAGUAUUGAGCAGUUUAAAAAUAAUCCAAAAUCAUUGUUACAUUUAACCGGAUUAGAAAACUAUGAUAAAUUCAUGACAGUGUUAUACUCCCUAGGACCAGCAGUGUAUUAUUUAAAGUACGCAAGAGGACAGGCAGUAGGAAAUAUAUCAGUGCCAAAUCAGUUGUUUCUGGUGUUGUGGAAAUUAAGAAGAAAUUGCUGCGAUAUUGAACUGUCAGAGCACUUUUCUAUUCCUAGACUAGCUGUAGGAAACAUCUUUCACACAUGAAUAACUUUUAUGGCAAAGUAAUGGUCUCUAAUUGAUAUAUGGCCUAGUAGACAACUAGUCGACUAUUACAUGCCAGAAAGUUUUAAACAACACUAUCCCUCCACAAGAGUUAUCAUUGAUGGAACUGAAAUUCGAGUUGACAAGCCACAUAAUCCACGUUUACAGCAAUCAUCAUUCAGCACAUACAAAAAUGGUCCUACUGUUAAAACUGUCAUUGGCUCUAC